AUGGUUGUGGGAAACUUCGAAGCGGCUAAACUGGAGAUUCUUUUCCUGGAUUUAUUGCGCUUCCUGCAGCCGCUACAGACGUGCCGGGAUGGCCUGGCCACCGCCGCAACAGCCCUCCUACGUGUCGCAACCCUCGAUGUCGACGCCGUACUCUCAAGCCCCGGCAUAUCAGCAGAUGCCUUCUUCCAACGGCAUGCCGGCGGCGAGCAGUUCUCGAUAUGCGCCCGUUCCACAAUACGCUGCUCAGCCUCAAUACGCGCAACCAGCAGCGGCCCCAAAUUACGGCAAGCUUUUAUUGUGCCGCCAAAUCCGUCGGCCUAUUCUCCGAAUAGCAGUUAUCACCAGCAGCAGCAGGCUCAAUACCCUCCACAACAGCAGCCAAUGGUGUCGCAGCAACAGGUUCAACGCCCUCCACAGCUACCGGGAGUACCGCAGCAACACGUUCAAUAUGCGCCACAGCAGCCAACGGUGUCGCAGCAGCAGGCUCAAUACCCUCAACCGCCGGUGGCGCCGCAGCAGCAGGCUCAGUACGCUCCACAACAACCCGCAGCGCCACAGCAACAGGCCCAACGCCCUCCUCAGCCACCAGCGGCACCGCAGCAACAAGUUCAAUACCCUCCCCAGCAAGUGUCGCAGCAACAGACACAAUACGCCCCACAACAGCCGGUAGCACAGCAGCAACAGUCUCAACAGCCACCCGCAGCACCGCAACAACAGGUUCAAUACCCUCAACAGCAGCCAGCGGCCCAGUACACUUCGCAGCCGACGGCAAUGCCCCAGCAAUACCCUUCUCAACCUGCGCCCACGCCUCAGCAAUAUGCCAAUCAACCUGCCCAAAUGCCACAACAAUAUCAAAGCCAACAGCCUGCCCAAAUGCCCUAUCAACAGUCCUACAUGGCGCCGGCGAUGACCGCUCAGGCGGCGCCCUCUCAGCCACUCCCUCCACCUACUGCCGGCUGGAAUGACCCGCCCGCGCUCGCCCAAAAAGCUCAAGCCAAGCCGACGCCACCACAGAAUUUUAUGCAGUUCCAUUGGCACACCACGCAGCCGGCCGCACAACCCUCUGCCGCUCCUCCGCCAGCCCAGAGCCCCGGGUCGCAGCUUUCCCCCGUCUCUCAAGCCUCUGGACCUGUCGAGCCGGAAGUGCCGGCUGCCCUCUACCUAAACGCUGAAGAUCAGGCGAUCGUCGAUCUGUUCCUCCAAACGGCCGAUGGAGUAUUUGCCUGCACCAAGCAUCCGGGGAUAGUUAGCAAGGUCGAGGACCUGAAACGACGUCUCCACCGUGAUAUCGCCGAACGGCUGGGCCGGCAGCAGAUUGGUCCCGUGACGAAAUCUCUUCUGCGAGGCUGCGGUGAAGCGGCGCUGAAGGGCGACUACCGCCUGGCCCUCCAAAUUUCCCAACAAAUGGUGACGAAUGGGCACGAUUUUGUGGAGGUAUCGGCCUUCUACCCGUCCCUGAAGUCGUUGAUAUCGCAAGCCCAGUCCGCAUGGAAAUACCAG